UGAUCUCGCUACAGAGAGGGAAAGCCAAGCAAGGCUCCACUCCUCAGGCGGGCAGCAUCUCUCGUCUAUUCCGCCGGACCCGGAAGCAGAGAAGACGAGAGAAAUGGCGAUAAAAAUGGAUAAGACGGUGAUCAUCGUGUGCGCAGUGGUCGGGUCUCUUGGGGUGCUGAGUGCCAUCUUGGGGUUCUCGGCUGAGGGGACGAAGCUCACCCCAUACAAGAUACUGGUUUACGGCGACGACUGCAUCUACCCGCAGAACCCGGCGCUCGGGCUGGGGAUCUGCGCCGUCAUCUUCCUGCUCGCGGCGCAGGUCACCAUCUCGGCAGUCAGCGGCUGCUGCGGCUGCUGCAGGUCCCGCUCCAUACCUUCGGAGACCAAGCGGAUCGUCGGCAUCGUCUGUGCCGUCGCCUCGUGGAUUGCGGCGGUGAUCGCGUGGGCGCUGUUCAUAGUAGGAGCGUCGUGGAACGCCAACGUGGUGCGGGCGGACGCGCCGUUCUGCCCCUACCUCAAGGACGGCAUCUUCGCCGGCGGCGGCGUGCUCACCCUCGCCGCCACGGCGCUCGGCAUCACCUCCUUCAUCAUGCUGCGGAGGCAGCCGGUGGAGGCGGUGGCGACGGCGACGCCGGCAGCGUCCGUAGGCGGCACAACACCGAACAGGCCAGGCGGGCAGUCGCCGUCGAGCGAGGUCGUGAUGGGCCACCCGCUGCUACCACCACCGAGUAAGGCACAACACUUUUCCAAACCUCAGGCAUACGUGCAACAGGUCGCUCCUGCUUCUCAUCCACAACCACAAGGGAACGGACAAGUACCACAGCACCUACAGGCUCCUCCUCCUCCUGCUGGUGGUGGUCAAGACCAUGGAUCUCAGGCAGCGAACCAUCAGUUCCUUCCUCAGGGGCUCCCCGCGGGCGCGGCACUGGCGGCAGCGGCAUGCGCACCCCAAGAACCAGGCGAGCAGCCGCCGCCGCCACCGCUCGGGGUGGCGAUGGGCCAACCGCAAGUCCAGCUGCCGCCCCAAGUAUCGGUGCCGAAUGACACUCUACAAUACCCUAUUCCGGCGCCUCAGGUAUGCGCGGAGGCUCCGGUCACCGUCACUCCCCCAGCUCCUGGCGCUUCGCAAGGCACCGGACUAUCGACAGUUAUUCGCGGCGAGUUAGCCAGAGCAACAAUUAGAUUCGCUGGGAAGGCGAUGGAGCAUGCCGUCUUCUCUAACUCUAACAACACCGCUACUUCGACUACGACGGCGGGGGGUAUCCUGUCGAUGGUGACUGAUCCUACCGGAGGUGACGCUGGCGCUACUGAAAACGGGGUCGCUGUUGUAUAAUCUGUCUUAUGCUCUCUUCUUUAUGAUCAGCCCCAGUUUGUUGUUUGUUCUUAAUUAAGCGGCUUCAAGUCCGAAGAAUGUAUCCAGUUAUUCCUUGUUCUCGUUUGAAUCAUCAUGAUCUUGAUCUAUACUUUCCAUUACCCAUAAGUAGCUAUGUACAACUCAAGUGCUCAGAAGAAUUGCACUUAGGAUAAUGUACUUCAUUACCUAGACUUUUUUAUG